UACAUUGUAUUUCAAUAUAUUAAAUCAUUAUCAACAACUACAACAAAAAUACAAGAAAACACUUUGGAUUCUAUCAAAUUAUUAUUCAGCUCAAAGUCUUCACAAAUGAGUAGUAGUGAUUCUUUUCAAUUCUUGUGGGCUCUUUUUGUUAAUAUUAAAGAUGUAAGGAGGGAAAAUGAAAAAGAAAGACUGGAUAGAUAGAUACAGAAAUAGAUACAGAAAAAUGAUGAUGAAAUGUUUUCACUCUGGAAACCAAAUGAGAAGGAAGGAAAUGAAUGCUUCAUCAGAAUCAUUAGCAACUAGGGACUUUUCCGCUAGCGGCUAUUCGUCUAGACCCGGUGACCCUGAUCCCAAGUUAGAUAAUAGUAACAUAGAAGAAGCUGAAUCGUCUCUUCGUGAGAGCGGUUUUCUCAACUAUGAGGAAGCAAGAGCGUUAUUAGGUCGAUUAGAAUAUCAAAAAGGAAACAUAGAGGCUGCACUUCAUGUUUUUGAAGGCAUUGACAUACCUGCAGUUAUUCCAAAAAUGAAAAACACGCUUUCUAGUAGAUCUGAUGAACAGAACGCCAGACGCCAUUCUCAAAGUGAAAUCUCACCAGAGAUGUCAGUUAACGCUGUUAGUUUACUUUUUGAGGCUAUUUUUCUUAAAUCAAAGUCACUGCAGGCCUUGGGACGUUUUAAAGAAGCUGCUGAAUCGUGCAGAAUAAUACUGGAAACAGUUGAGUCUGCUUUACCGGGUGGAUUUGUUAAUUUUUCUUCAUAUUAUAAACUUCAAGAAAUUGUCAAUAAAUCGGUUGAGUUGUUACCUGAGCUCUGGAAACUGGCUUUUGAACCACAAUUAACCAUUUUGGCAUAUAGGCGAGCACUUCUGUACGAAUGGAAUCUCGAUAGUAAGACACGAAGAACUAUUGAAAAAGAGUUUGCUAUAUUUCUUUUAUAUAGUGGUUGUGAUGCAAACCCUCCAAAUCUUCGGUCGCAAAUGGAAAGUUCAUAUGUACCGAAAAACAAUAUAGAAGAAGCCAUUCUUUUGCUACUGAUUCUUUUAAGAAAGACUGUAACUGGGAUAAUCGAGUGGGACCCGUCAAUCUAUUAUCAUCUUUCGUUUGCACUAUCUGUUGCAUUUGACCUAACAUCACUUGCUAAUCAAAUUGAAGAAUUGCCUCCUGGAAUCAUUGAGCGAAAAGAAAGGUACAACACUCUGGCAUUAUGUUACUAUGGUGAAGGCGAAGAAAUCGUGUCUCUGAAUCUCUUAAGAAAUUUGUUUAAUAAUAAAGAGAAUCACCAUGAUCUUACUUUUGAAAUGUUACUAGCUUCCAAGAUUUGUGGAGGGCAACCUGAUUUCACGGAAGAAGGAAUAGCAUAUCUUCUCAAACUAACAAAAAAUUUUGAAGGGAAAUGUGACCAGAUGAUUAGUGUUGCAAAUCUCUUACUUGGUCUCUCGCUUUCUACACAAUCAAGAAAGGCUAAUUUGGAUUCUGAGAGGAUAUCAAUGCAGACGGAAGCUCUAAAUGCAUUUGAAACCGCCCACAAGAUGAUGAAACAAGACGUUGAUGUUGUGUAUAAUCUUAGCCUUGAAUAUGCAGAACAGAGAAAGUUGGAUAUUGCUCUUUAUUAUGCAAAGAAGCUUGUGAAGAUUGAAGCUGGAGCUAGUGUAAAAGGAUGGAUUCUUUUAGCGCGUAUUCUAUCAGCUCAAAAACAAUAUUUUGAAGCUGAAAACAUCAUUGAUUGUGCUAUAGAUGAAACAGGGCAGUGGGAUCAUGGAGAUCUUUUAAGAACAAAGGCUAAAUUGCAGAUUGCACAAGGUAACUUGAAAAGUGGUAUUGAGACGUAUACUCGCCUUCUUGCAGUUAUUCAAGUUAGAAGCAAGAGUUUUAGUACCUACAAAAACCUGUCAAAGAAGAGGAGCAACAACAAAGAAAGAGGGUUAGAACUGGAAAUAUGGCAUGAUCUUGCAAAUGUGUACACUAGUUUGUCACAAUGGCGUGAUGCCGACGUCUGCUUGUUGAAAUCUAAGGCCAUUGAUCCGCAUUCUGCUUCUAGAUGGCAUGCCACAGGCUUACUGCAUCAGGCUAAAGGCGAAAAGGAAGAAGCGUUAACUUUAUUUGAGAAGGCAUUAGAUGUCGAUCCAAACCACAUUCCAAGCCUAAUAUCGACUGCCAUUGUUCUUAGAGAAUUAGGUGAUCAAUCAUUGCCAGUUGCUAAAAGUUUCAUAACCGAUGCACUAAAACUUGAAAGGACAAACCCUUCUGCAUGGUUCAAUCUUGGUCUGGUGUACAAGGGGGAGUAUGGUUCAUCAUCCCUAGAAGCCGCUGAAUGUUUUGAGGCCGCAAUUAUGCUUAAAGAAUCUGAACCUAUUGAACCUUUCAGAUGAAACUCAACGCUCAAAUAUCAACGGCCACCAAUAUGACCUUUUGGUUUUGCUAUUGUGCAAGAUAGUUGUUUUGGUAUGUAACAUAAUAGGUAUAGCAAGAAUAUGACAACAUAUAUUCUAUUACUAAUUUCUAUAUAUGUAUAUCAUGUCCUUGAUUAACCAACUUCGAUUUUAUAUAAUGAUUGCAGCUAAA